AAAAAGAGUUCAAACCAAACAACGAAACUCUAUUGUAAAAUAGCUUAGAAUAUAUUAUUUAAAAAAAUAUUUGAUCAAAAAUGUCGUUAGUGAGUGGUGAUUAUAGACCAUGGGAUUAUGAUAUCCUUGUUAAAGUAUUGAUUAUUGGUGAUUCUGGAGUCGGGAAGAGUUGCUUACUUGUUCGUUAUAGUGAUGAUGAUUUCUUUGAAUCACAUCUUACAACUAUUGGAGUUGAUUUUAAAAUUAAAACACAAACAUUACCAGAUAAUAGAGUAGCAAAGAUACAGUUGUGGGAUACUGCUGGUCAGGAACGAUUCAAUUCUAUUGUGUCUGGAUAUUAUAGAAGUUCAAAUGGUAUUAUGAUUGUAUUCGAUUUGACUGAUGAACAAUCUUUUAGAAAUGUCAGUAAAUGGCUUGAUCAAAUUAAGAAACAUGGUGAUCCUUCGGGUCCAAUGGUUCUUGUUGGAAAUAAGGCUGAUUUAACAUCAAAGAGAGUUAUUGAUUCUCAAUUAGGAAAGGAAUUAGCCAAGAAUUUAGGAAUUGAAUAUAUUGAAACGAGUGCAAAGAGUUCACAAGGUGUUGAACAAGCUUUUGACAAAAUGUUACAAGCAGUUGUAAAGGCUCAAAACUAUAUUGAAAGUGGACCAAAGAAGGACGAUAGAUAUUCGAAUUCUUCAUCUUCCCUGGUGGUGCAAGGACCAAAAACUCCUUCUGGUAGUACUUGUAAUUGUUGAGUUUAAGUAAUAAAACAAUUCAUUUUAC